AAAUAAAAAAUGUGCUUAAAAAGUUCUUUGAAAAGUAAAAGCUUUUUCUUUCCUAUUUGUAUUUCUAUUAGCAUAAUAUAAUAAGGAAAUUUCAAAAUGAAAUGAAAUUACCCAAAAAAUAUCAGUAAAAUUAAAAUUUAGAAUUAUGAAUUAAUAGUGAGCUAAUAUAUUUUUACCUGUAUUAUAACUAGUUAAAUGAACUGAGUGAUGUAUUAUAAAAUGGCUUUAAGAAAUAGUUGCCAUUUUUGGCAUCUAUUUGAAAUAAUGUUGCUGCACAAUAUGCUAUUCUUUUUAAAUAUUUUUUGAUUAAAAAGGAUAUGCUUUUAUUUAAAUUAUCUUAAUAAUAUAUGUAUGAUUGUCAAUGAUAAUUAUUUUUUUUAGAUUUGUUCGUCAGGCUGUAAUUUUUGCUAUAGCUACUAUAUAUGUAAGUGUCCCUGGUUAUCUGCUCUGCUCAGAAAUGUUAGAUGAAGUAAUGGAUAGUCAAAAAUGGUUACAAAGUGUUAUAGAUGAUGAUCCUGAUAUUAAUUGUCAGCUAAAAGCUACUCAUGCUCUUGGUUUAAUAAUAGGAAUUCUGAAAGAGGAAUUGCCACUGAUGGUAGAUCCAUUUAGUACUUAAAAGCCCAAAGUUUUUUUUUAUGGUUGUAAAAACUGUUAAAUAUUUAUAAAUAUUGUAAAUAAAUACUUUUGCAUAUGAAAA